GAGUUUCGCUCUUGUUGCCCAGGCUGGUGUGCAACGGUGCGAUCUCGGCUCACUGCAACCUCUGCCUCCCAGAUUCAAGCGAUUCACCAGCCUCAGCCUCCUGAGUAGCUGGGAUUACAGGCAUGUGCCACCACGUCCGGCUAAUUUUUUAUUUUUAAUAGAGACGGGGUUUCUCCAUGUUGGUCAGGCUGGUCUCGAACUCCCGACCUCAGGUGAUCCGCCCGCCUCGGCCUCCCAAAGGGAAGUUUGAUUUUUCUAUGGUCACCAAUGGACACUUGAUCUCCAUAGCUUGAGAAUGGCGGCCAUCGCCUCACUGGCAUUCUUUCCUCUUGUGCUCUCCCGAACGUUCUGGCUGCUCUUUGGAUUUCCUUUUCCUUUGCUCACAUCUACAAUAUUGGUGUUUCCUAGGUCCCGUACUUAACGAUUGUCUCCUCUCCACACGCUUCCCUGGGCGGGCUGAAUUGUCGGGGGCUUUCUCAACUGCGCUUCCUCUCUCACCUGAAACCCUCUUCCCAACCCUUUCUACUAGGUCGACGUCUCCAACAUCAGCUGCUCCCCACCCGUGUCUGGGUGGGCCCCUUGGGCAGGCUCCCCUAGUCUCCUUUCCUUCGAUCAUCCCCGCGUGCGGGACGUCAUCUGCUUGCUCUGCCAUCAGCCUCACAUCCUGAGGGCAGGGACCAUGCGGGGGUUGUCCAUCUCUGUAUCCCCAGUGCCAGCACUGCACCUCGCCCCAAGCAGUUGUUCAAUAAAUGACCAGUGAGUAAAUGAAAGAAUGAGCAAAGCCUUGUAACAGGAAAGGGGCCGGCGGCGUCUGCCGUGCAAGACCUGGCCCAGUGGAGCAGAACCUGGAGGUUCAGGAGCCGAGUCUGGAAGGCUCCUGACGGCGGGAGAGGGGCCCGGAGCCAGCCGGCGCCUGGCACAAGGCGUCUCAGAGGCCGCCCACUGGGAGCCAACUGUUGCAGCCAGUUGUCCCCGCGAGCGAGGCCGGAGAAGGCGCGGCGGCCCCUGGCCUGGCCAUUCCGCCCUUGUCGCAGCUGAACCGCCGACUACGAGCUCCUGCACCGAGCACACGCCCCGCGCGCUUCACUCUCGGCCUCGCCCGGCCACCGUCGCUCUCUAGAACGACGCGCCCGUGACCCGGAAGAACAUUCUCCUUAGCAACUGCGGGACUGCGGCGGCGCCGGCCUCCGGGGAGAAACGCGAAUGACAACAGAGCUGCUCAAGGCGGGAACUCUGAGCUGAGCAGUGGAGGUUUCCCUGGAUCUGGAGAGAAGAGUGACCUUGGAGCCAAUAAUGAGCCAUCCUGACUACAGAAUGAACCUCCGGCCCCUGGGGACCCCCAGAGGUGUGUCUUCUGUGGCUGGUCCACAUGACAUUGGUGCUUCGCCAGGUGACAAAAAGUCAAAGAACAAGUCCACACGAGGGAAGAAAAAGAGCAUAUUUGAAACUUACAUGUCCAAGGAGGAUGUUUCGGAAGGCUUGAAGAGAGGAACACUCAUCCAGGGUGUAUUGAGAAUUAAUCCAAAGAAGUUUCAUGAAGCCUUCAUUCCUUCCCCGGAUGGUGAUCGAGACAUUUUUAUUGAUGGGGUUGUUGCUCGUAAUAGAGCCUUAAAUGGGGAUCUGGUGGUCGUGAAACUGCUUCCCGAGGAGCAGUGGAAGGUAGUUAAACCAGAGAGCAAUGACAAAGAAACAGAAGCUGCGUAUGAAUCAGAUAUCCCCGAGGAGCUCUGUGGACACCAUCUCCCACAACAGUCCCUGAAAAGCUAUAAUGACAGUCCUGAUGUCAUUGUAGAGGCUCAGUUUGAUGGCAGCGACUCAGAAGAUGGACAUGGCAUCACACAAAAUGUGCUGGUUGAUGGUGUUAAGAAACUCUCAGUUUGUGUUUCUGAAAAAGGAAGAGAGGAUGGUGAUGCACCGGUUACAAAAGAUGAGACCACCUGCAUUUCACAAGACACAAGAGCUUUACCGGAGAAAUCUCUGCAAAGAUCAGCAAAGGUGGUUUACAUCUUGGAGAAAAAACAUUCUCGAGCAGCAACUGGCUUCCUCAAACUCUUGGCUGAUAAGAACAGCGAACUGUUUAGGAAAUACGCCCUGUUUUCUCCCUCAGACCACCGAGUGCCUAGAAUUUAUGUGCCUCUCAAGGACUGUCCCCAGGACUUUGUGGCACGGCCUAAAGAUUAUGCCAACACACUGUUCAUCUGCCGCAUUGUGGACUGGAAGGAGGACUGCAAUUUUGCCCUGGGGCAGCUGGCUAAGAGUCUUGGGCAGGCUGGUGAAAUUGAGCCUGAAACAGAGGGAAUACUAACAGAGUAUGGCGUGGAUUUCUCUGAUUUCUCUUCAGAAGUUCUAGAAUGUCUUCCUCAAGGCCUGCCAUGGACAAUUCCACCAGAGGAGUUCAGCAAGAGAAGGGAUUUAAGAAAAGACUGUAUCUUCACCAUUGACCCAUCAACCGCCCGAGACCUCGAUGAUGCCCUCUCCUGCAAGCCACUCGCUGAUGGCAACUUCGAAGUGGGAGUUCACAUUGCCGACGUGAGUUACUUUGUUCCAGAGGGAUCUGAUCUGGAUAAAGUGGCUGCCGAGAGGGCCACAAGCGUCUACUUGGUUCAAAAGGUGGUCCCCAUGCUUCCCAGGCUGCUGUGUGAGGAGCUGUGCAGCCUCAACCCCAUGUCCGACAAGCUGACCUUCUCUGUGAUCUGGACACUGACUCCAGAGGGCAAGAUCCUUGAUGAAUGGUUUGGCCGGACCAUCAUCUGCUCCUGCACCAAACUUAGCUACGAGCAUGCACAGAGCAUGAUUGAAAGCCCAACUGAGAAAAUCCCUGCGAAAGAGCUGCCCCCCAUUUCCCCAGAGCAUAGCAGCGAGGAGGUACACCAGGCCGUCUUGAAUCUCCACGGAAUUGCCAAGCAAUUACGCCAGCAGCGCUUUGUGGAUGGCGCACUUCGUUUGGAUCAGCUAAAGCUUGCUUUCACUCUGGACCACGAGACUGGAUUGCCUCAAGGAUGUCAUAUCUAUGAGUACCGCGACAGCAACAAGCUCGUGGAGGAGUUCAUGCUCUUGGCCAACAUGGCAGUGGCCCACAAGAUCCACCGCGCCUUCCCCGAGCAGGCCCUGCUGCGCCGGCACCCCCCGCCCCAGACAAGGAUGCUCAGUGACCUGGUGGAAUUCUGCGACCAGAUGGGGCUGCUCGUGGACUUCAGCUCCGCAGGAGCCCUCAAUAAAAGCCUGACGCAAACAUUUGGAGAUGACAAGUACUCACUGGCCCGGAAGGAGGUGCUCACCAAUAUGUGCUCCCGGCCCAUGCAGAUGGCACUGUACUUCUGCUCGGGGCUGCUGCAGGACCCAGCGCAGUUCCGGCACUACGCGCUCAAUGUGCCCCUGUACACACACUUCACCUCGCCCAUCCGCCGCUUUGCCGACGUCCUGGUGCACCGCCUCCUGGCUGCAGCGCUAGGCUAUAGGGAGCGACUAGACAUGGCGCCCGACACCCUGCAGAAACAGGCAGACCACUGCAACGACCGCCGCAUGGCAUCCAAGCGCGUGCAGGAGCUCAGUACCAGUCUCUUCUUUGCCGUUCUGGUCAAGGUGAGCCCUCCAGCCUGGUGCCCCCUCACCUCCCUCUGGUUCCCGACCCUCCUGGGCACCUACUCACCAGGAGGCCUCGAGGAGCCCAGGGCAGUGCCAGGAGGUGCCAUGGCUGCAGCACUGUCCCUGCAGGAGAGUGGCCCCCUGGAGUCAGAAGCCAUGGUGAUGGGCGUCCUGAACCAAGCCUUCGACGUGCUGGUGCUGCGCUACGGCGUGCAGAAGCGCAUCUACUGCAACGCCCUGGCCCUGCGGUCCCACCACUUCCAGAAGGUGGGCAAGAAGCCGGAACUCACGCUGGUCUGGGAGCCUGAGGACAUGGAGCAGGAGCCAGCACGGCAGGUCAGAACCCCUCUGUGUCCCAGCCCCCCAAGUCCUGAUGACCCCUCUCCUGCCUCCUGCGGUGCCCCUCAUUCCUUCAUCUGUGUCUCCUGGGCUCCCCCAGCACUGCAGCCUCCCGGGUCGGGUUUCAGGGCCCUCCCAGCUCACCCAGACCCCCUCCUGUGGGUCCUGCUUUCUGGCACCACCUUCCCUUCCUUGAGAGCAGCCACAGUGGAGAGAGGCGGGGCUCUGCCUGUCCCGCUAAUGCAGGGGUGCUGGCCUUCUGGGGUCCUUUAGAGAACCUGAUGAAAGCUAUGAGUUUACACCCAAGAAAUUGUCUGGAACCAUUUUCACCAACAAUGUGCCCCGAACGUGGCCCCGGGCCCCCAGGUUGUGUUUCAUAAGCCUUAGGAGUGCUCAGGAUGCAUCUUGACUCCCCAGCUCUGCCCUGACCCAGGGCAUUCUUCCUGGAGGGGGCCCCCAUUACAGACAGGUGAGCAGAGGCUUCCAGAGGCCGAAGGAGGGGCCUGGGGUCCUGCUGCAGGGAUGGAGGCAGAGCUGCGCCUCGACAUCAGGCCCUGCCGUCCUUGUCCCCUCACGGCCGGGCUCUGCACAGGUCAUCACCAUCUUCAGCCUGGUGGAGGUGGUCCUGCAGGCAGAGUCCACAGCCCUCAAGUACAGCGCCAUCCUGAAGCGGCCAGGCACCCAGGGCCACCUGGGCCCUGAGAAGGAGGAGGAGGAGGAGGAGGAGUCUGACGGUGAGCCCGAGGACUCAAGCACCAGCUGAGCUCCACCAGCCGCCUGCCCCGCCUGCCUGUCCUGUCACACUGGCUUUAGGACCUGUUGACACGGAGGGGGAUUUUUAAUUUGGUUUUUAACAACUCAGGGGUUUGUUUUUAUUUUUAUUUAAUUUUGCAGCUCAACUUUUAAACAAACUGCAGGGGAGAGGGUGGGGCUGGAAGGAAGGCUGAGGCCUGGUCAGCAGUGACCCCAGCAGAGUAGGCCCUAGUCCUCCUGGGAGGCCGGUCCCCCUUUUUUCUGGGCCCUACUGCCCUCCUCUGCCCAGGAAAUGGGGGGUUUCAGCAAAUCAGUGUCACAGAAUAAAAUCAAGUGUGGAGUGCCA